AUGCUUGGUCUUAUCAGUGAUGACCUCUGCCAACUAAUUAUAACAAUUAACCUUGCCUCGAUCAGUCCCGGUCUGUUCGUGAUAAGUCUCUGUGGAAACAUCAUCAACAUCAUUGUAUUCACGACGCAAGGUUUCCAAGACACGGUCAACAUUAGUCUUUUGGCGUUGGCCGUCAGUGACAUGGGGACGCUGCUGAACAAUCUCAUCAUUGCUAUCCUCAACAAUCCCAUCUUACUCGGAUCAGAUAUUUCGAUUGAGCCGCACGAGUUCCAGACAGCCGUGGCUGGCUGGCCCAUCGCUUCUUUCAGCAAGAUCACCAGCUGGAUAACGGCGUACAUCACAUUCGAAAGAUGUCUGUGCAUUGUGGUCCCAUUGAGAGUCAAGAGACUGGUCACUCCUAAAAGUGUAGUUUUCAUAAUGGUUUCAAUCUAUGUGAUGAUGUUUGCAACCAUCAUACCCGAGUACAUGACCUUCUAUUUAGACUGGAAAUAUUUUCCCGACAGAAACAAAACUCUGAUUGGCAUGGUACCAAGAAAGUACAGUCAGGCUGCAAGGGGGAUAACUUUUACAAUUAUCACAUUCAGUCAAUUUCUUUCGAUACCCUUAAUUAUACUUUUCACUGUUAUUCUUACAGCAAAGCUACGACAAAAAUCAAAAUGGCGAGGUAAAACCACUUCCGUAGCAGACCGAGCGUUGAAAAACACGGAUAAGAAAGAAUCCAGGACAAUUAAAAUGAUAACGGCUAUCGCAGUCAUCCACAUCCUUUGUUAUUUUCCUGCGUACAUUGAAUUGCUCAUGGUUGUCGCGGUUCCAGAAUUUUACAUCGUCGGACUUUACAAGAACUCGUUUCUAAUAGCAUUUUCCUUUCCUAGCUUGUUCGAAAGCUUGAACUCGUCACUAAGUAUUUUCUUGUAUUACAAAAUGAGUACAAAGUACAGGCGCACAUUUAACGCUAUUUUUAAACUAAUCAAG